AGUGUGGGGCAAUAAUUGUCUCGUACAACGGCAAGAUCGAUUCGAUAUAGAAGACGUACGAACGUCAACUGCCAGAUACGCUUCAAUUAUAUCAGUUCAACCAUCGAGAUGGCAAGUAAUCAGGUCAAUGUAAAAUCAUCGAGAGAGACUGUCUCCGAGACCACCAGUUUGUACACACUGGACAUCAAUAACUAUGCAACGAGGAAAACGUUCGUUCAGGGCAUGCUCGACUUGGCUUUGCUAACAGCAAAUGCCGCACAGCUCAAGUAUCUUCUAUCCGUUGGAGAAGCCCAUCCGUUUUACACACUUCUUUUAGUUAUGGUAGUCACAUCUAUAUCUCUUCAGGCACUACAAGCUAUUAUUAUUAUAGCGCUGGGAACGUUAUUUAAUAUCAACAAACUUGAAGAGCAACGGAAGUCAGACAUCAUCAACAAUUUACUGAUAUGUGUUUCGGUAGUGUCCGUCGUUAUCAAUAUUAUCAUAAGUGCUUUUGAUAUGAAAAAUCAGAGUACCGUGAAAUAGUAGUGGAAAGUUUGACUACCAUCUCAGAAUUCCUCAUUAAACAAUUAUUUUAUUAUUGCAAAAAGGCGAUAUAAAUUUAUCCGACGAGAUCGUCUAUAAUAUACAAUGCUCUAUAAGAUGCUCUCCUUGAAUCCAUUGAGACGAAGCACCAAAAUGCACUCUAGCUUCAACAACCCGAGCUAACAAGCAUCAAUCAGAGGGACAAGACGCGAUAAAAGCUUUUUAAAUCCGCCUGAAAUUCAUUUAACAUCAAAAUCUUGUUUGAUUUUCCAUCAUCAUCCAUUUCUUGCGACUGCAGUAUGGGGCGACCCGUGUCAGGGGAUGGUCAGUAAUUAAAUUUUACACAUCUAGGUACUCUUCAUCGAAAUAUCUUUGAUCAGCUCCCAAGCAGUCAGUGGACACAGCCAGUAACGCCAGGGAAAGCUGUCCUUUGUCAAGUACAGGUGAACUGGUGGCAGCUCAAGCAACAAACCUAUCCUCUGAUCUCGUUCGUGGCCCCGUGAUGCAUCAAGGCUACAGGGUUUCCGAAUGACACGAACACACCGAAAACUCCCAGAACCGGCACAGAUACCAUUAGGAUUUAAUUUGAAUAAAUGAAAAGCUUUUAAAACACUUCGGUGUGAUAAAAAUUGUGCUUCGCUUGCAAUGACAUCGUCCUACGGAACGACCGGUGAAAGGACACAAUUUUGCCGAGAGCAAAAUGUCCCCUAAUAGGAAAAUGUCGCCCCGGGGCGGAGGAUAGCAAGCAUCAAGCUCUAGUGACGACCCCUCUGAAUAAUGUAAAUAUUUUUCGGAUUUAUGCUGUCGCUGGUGUGGAGGGGUUUCCAAGCAUGUUAUGUGUGCAGCUUGUUUCCAAAAGACAUCAACCAAAUUUUUAACCAGGGUCAGAACUGAUUUAACUGAAGUUGCUGUGCAAACAUUUAGUACCGUAUUUUUCUCUCAAUUCAAUACCUAAGAUUCGAAUUGCGCAACGAGCAAUUUAUUAUCAUCGUACAUUAGAUAAACUCAAGUUGAUGUAGGUACAUAGUGCUGGUGAUGUUGUCCUUGAUUCUAAUGGUUUUAGUUGGUGAUAGCCAUGAUGUCCUUUCAACCUGAUACGAGAUUUUGUGCUAAAAUGUUCGAUGUUAUUUGAGCCGGCGGUGACGGCGUGAA